ACUGUACUCUCCUUAAAUGUUGAGAAACCAGUAAUAUCUCAGUCCUGGGAAAGGAGAAUACGCAACCAUCAAUCAAGUGCACAGAAAACUCGCUGCCUGUGGCAUGAAGUUUGCCUUUCCCAGAGAACCCUGGGAAAUGCAGUUGGAUGCAGCUGCCUUGGGACACUCGGCAUUCUCAUUGGUUCCAAGGAUGCUCCGAGGGAAGCCAUGACAGUUAAACUGUUGCAGGACCAAUAUGGAUCCGCACUGUAGAUGUGUACUAAGAAUAGCAGCAAUUCUGGAGGGGUUAGAUUGCCGUGUAUUAACUUUGCUCUAAAGGGCCAAAGACCUGUUUGUGGAAACAAGACCGCGAGCGUUUUGUUGGUGUGUCGAGUGAUUUUCAUCUGUAUUACCAGAUAUAGGCUCAUUUGAAAACCAAAGUCUCUGUGAUCGUGGAUGGAGGUCUGUGACAGAAUGCCCCAGCAGAAUUAUACACCCCCCCGUGAGGAAAGGGGCAGCAGCGUCCUCACCGCGUUUCCUCCGACUGGAGACGUGAUGCGAACCAGGUCGAAUGGCGUGGUGCCUCACAGCAGCCAAGCGUCUGACUGCAGACUCAAUGGGCACGCAGGACCGCUGCCGAGAAGAACUCCUAAGGCCCUGAUAACUGGAGGCGGGGGCUACUUUGGCUACCACCUGGGCUCUGCCCUCACCAAGGAAGGAAUCAGCGUUGUUUUGUUCGACAGACAGAAGCCAGCAUGGGACAUCCCCAACCAAGCCGUCUUUAUCCAAGGUGACGUGAGAGACGCCGAUGCAGUAUUCAGAGCCUGCGAAGGAGUGGACUGUGUCUUCCACGCAGCCUCGUGUGGCCUGUCCGGAUCGGAGCGGCUGCAAAGGAGAGAAGAGAUCGAGUCGAUUAAUGUGGGAGGAACAAAAGUCGUCAUUGACGUCUGCAAAAAAAGAAGCAUUUCCAGACUGAUCUACACCAGUUCAGUGAAUGUUGUAUUUGGAGGGAAUCCCAUUGAAGGAGGAGAUGAGGAAACGGUCCCUUAUUUCCCACUGGAUAAGCAUGCCGACCAUUAUUCUAGAACCAAAGCGAUUGCAGAUCAAAUGGUAUUGGCUGCUAAUGGAACCCCACUUAAAGAAGGGGAUAAACUCCAUACAUGCGUUCUUCGUCCCCCUGGCAUCUAUGGGCCAGAAGAAGGGAGGCAUCUGCCACGUUUAGCUCGGAACAUCCAGAGGAGAAUCCUGAGCUUCAAAUUUGGAAGUCCAGACAUGCAGAUGAACUGGGUUCAUAUUCGCAAUCUGGUACAAGGUCAUAUCUUAGCUGCUGCAGCUUUAACAGCCAACAAAGGCUACAUCGCGAGUGGUCAGGCGUAUUACAUCAAUGAUGGAGAGUGUGUCAGUUUUUUUGAAUGGAUAGUGCCACUGAUUGAAAAACUGGGCUACAGAAAACCACAGCUAUACAUCCCUGUUUUUCUUGUUCUUAUGGCAGCCACUCUGCAGGAUUAUCUGCACCUGCUUCUUAAACCAGUUUUUAACUUUACACCUAUCCUGACCAGAAGUGAGGUGAGGAACAUCUUGGUCACCCACACUUUCCGAAUAGACAAGGCUUGUAAACAGCUGGGCUACUUUCCCCAAAAGUUCACCCUCGCAGAUACUGUGGAUUAUUAUCUGAAAACAAGUCCUAAACAAGAGGAUCAUUCAUUCUUACCCAUAAUACUCCUUAUAGUUGGCAUAUUUUUAUCUUUUAUAUUGCUUUUUUUAUUUUUUUAAGAAUGUCCAGUAUUAUUUCCUUGCGGCUUAUUUUAUUUUAUUUUGAGAGGUGAGAGGUUUUCUUGUUUUUUAUUUAGGGUUUUUUUUUUUGGUAGAAUUAAUUGCUUGUCUUGCAGUGAAUUUGCAACCGAGGGGCUGGAUUACUCCUCUCUUAGUUCUUGACUGUGAUGAUACAGUUUUGAUCACUUUUGAUGAACAGAUGAGAAACCAGUUUUUAAAAAGGAUGUUGACACCGGUUAAAGCAAAGGGGACACAACCGGUUAGAUACUGGGGGCCAUGUCAGAAAUCUGGGAGGAACUAGAAAACCACUGCGGGUCACUCAGUCACUGCUGGUCUGGAUCACUGCUCGUUGGUGGAAACACCUUCUCUGCACCAACUUUUGCUGGUCGCUGACUGCGUUCAAUAUUCUUCUUUAGAAAUGGUUGUCCUUAAAUGUAGAAAAAGUGGAUCAGAUGUUGAACAUUCUGUUAAAAUGGACUUGAAAAUAAUGAUUGUUUGAAGACUA